AUGGCAGAAGUCAAUUGUUCGUUCUAUUUCAAGAUAGGGGCUUGUCGUCACGGUGAGCAGUGUUCCAGGCUUCACAACAAGCCUACUUUCAGUCAGACGAUACUACUUCAAAAUCUUUAUAUCGCCCCCCACAAUACUGCUCAGACGGCUGAUGGGUCUCAUAUUAAUAUGACUGAAACACAGGCCCAGCAAAUUUUUGACGAAUUUUUUGAAGAAGUCUUUGUCGAAUGUGAAGAAAAAGUAUAUGGUGAAAUUGAAGAAAUGAAUGUUUGUGACAAUCUGGGAGAUCACCUGGUUGGAAAUGUUUACAUCAAGUUUCGGUACGAAGAGGAUGCUGAGAAAGCUGUUUUAGACCUCAAUCAGAGGUGGUUCGGAGGGCGGCCAGUUCAUGCAGAAUUAUCUCCCGUAACUGAUUUUCGAGAAGCCUGCUGUCGACAAUAUGAACUCGGAUAUGGCAAAUCAAAUACCUUGCAGCAUGCUAGAAAAUUAACCUCCGCUAUUCCAUACAAAGGUCCCAAUUUUAUAUUUGUCAAGGGUGAUCGGUCUUCCGCAGCUACUGACCACAAUGGGAUCAACCAGGAAAAAGGUCUAGGUCACUUAGCCCCAUGGUUCAACCUGAGUUUCCUGUUUUCGUUUACUAUUCUCAAGGAGUUUACGGUUAUUUAUUAUAGAGAAUGUACCCGCGGCGGCUUCUGCAACUUUAUGCACCUGAAACCCAUCUCGCGAGAGCUGUGCCGGAAACUUUACAACAGAAGUAAAAAACGAUAUGGCCGUCGUCAUCGUUCGCGCUCACGAGAUCGUCGAUCCAGGCGCUCCAGAUCCCGAGAACGCCGCUCACUCUCUCGCUCCGCCGGGCGUCGAUAUUCGCGCUACUGA